AUGGGCAUCACAGUCAGCAUUUUUCGUCCGGAUGAUCGGACCGACAACGUCGCUUCUCCUGUGGAACGUGGGAAUGCCUCGGCGCGCACUGACGCAGAGCGUUCGCUGCGCUCCUGGGCCGAGUACCACCCGACUGUUGCGCGGCAGGCAAGUGUGCAUGUACAGGCGCCGCACAUAGACCUACAGGGUCCAAUGCUGGACAGCUACGAAGAAUCUCCAUCGUUGUCGUUGUCCGGUCCGUGGAGUGCCGUAUUGGAACCAGGGACGCGUUUUACGGUCUCCGGGGAGCUUCCCGAGGGUGCCGACACCUCGCGACGCACCAGCUGGCUGGGCCAGCGCGGCGAUGCUGCGCGUCAGCGUACGAGCGCCGUCGUUGUGCCGGAACUGACGACAAUAUCGAACACACCUUGCGGAAAACUGAAUGAUGGCUUCAAACAGGUACAGUUUUUGGACUUACUGGAGGCGUCCUAUUCGGUCUCGGAGCAGACGCCUACCACAGCCGCCUCCGCUGCGAAUAAGCGCUCCUGUGAACUACACCCGCUUGAUACCUGCAUCACACACGAAGAGGCACUCUUGUCCUUCUUGUUACACUUGAUCUGGACACCCUCGGAUACAAAUGCGAAUCAUGAUCCUCUGGCGAACGAGGCCGUUUGGUCCGCUCUAGAUGCGCGGUGGUCAACGACAGGAGUCUCAGCGCUGACGCGUCGAGAGGUGUGGCAGCUCUGCUUAGCCGUUUUGUGCGCAUCAGCGUACGCGCCCUGCAUCCACAUGGCUUGCGGGGAUGCUGAUGCCUCAUCGCCGUGCGAGGUUGGCGUACAACCGCCCGCCUCGUCAACGACAUCGUCGACACGCGGGUAUGCGUCCCGUCGGCUGGGCGCAAGCGUCAUGGACACCGUGACUCGCGCGUCAGCAGCAGCAGCAGCAGCAACAACAACAACAACAACAGCAACAGAAGGCCCACCGCGCAUCCAGCGUCAUUGCGCAAGCGCGCCCAGACCUGAGCCAGAGGACGCGGAGUAUCUGUCGAAUCGUUGUUGCGCACUAUGUUCAUGGUUGCAGAAGCGAUUCAUUCUGCGUAUGCGACGCGAUAUGGCGUUAAUUCGGUUGUGUCUGUGGAGUUUGUGCGCUGAGUACCAGGAUAAGGAUCAACAGAUGCCGCAGCGCAUGUCAGUUUGGUCGGCGAGUUUGCCGCUACAUAUUGGCAGGGACUCGCUGCGACUCGUUGACGACAUCCUUCGUUCUCUGAUUCCGAAUUCCAGCGACAAACCGUUCCCUGUACUGGUUGGCGAACGACAGCAUGGCGCUUCGCUGCACGAGCUGAAACGCGGCGGUCGCCAGCAUGCACCAAACGCGACGACGCUGUCGACGCUUCCAGCACCGAAACCCUGCAGAGCACUCGACAGCACCCCAAAACAGCCUUUGGUGGCAGCAGCUGAUGCUCCUGAGCUACCAGCUUGCGUAGAUGCCAGUGCUGCGGCCUCCAUGGCAGCGCCUGUCGCGAAUGAGCUGCCCCUUCCUGAACAGCGAUCCCAGAGCAGCGACGAAGCGCUCUGGCAUCGUUGGCAACAGCGUCGCACCGGAUGCCUCGAAGGCCUGUCCUAUGAUCCUUUCCAGCACGAUCUGUUCGCUGACGGGUCGAUCUCGGUGCCUUUCGAGACGCUCUUUGAUAUUGAUGCAUUGCUGGAGUCGCUGGCAGCGCUCGUUGCUCGACAUACGGGCCCCGCGCUGCCGACGGACCUGGUAAGCGGAGACCUCAAUGCGUCUGGCGGUUGUAGUUUGCGCACACAUACUGCCCGCCAGCGACAGACCCAGGAAACCCAGCAACUCGAUACCCAGGCACUCGAACGGAAAACAAACAUUCAAGGCUCACUGCAGGAGUGUCCGACGAACGCUGCUGCAGUGCCCAACAAAUUCAGUCGCAGCAUAUCCUGCAUACACGGGUGCAGCUCGAGCCGAACGACAUGCCUGGAGGCGCGGUCACCACCACCACCACCACCACCAUUACCACCUCGCGAUGAAGAUAUGCAGCGGUCAAGGUCCAGCCUCCAGACCGAUACCUCUCUGGACGGACGGCGACUGUUUAUCAACGGCGGCUUUCGUCAUGCAACUGGGGCUGGUGCGUUUUCCUCGUGCUCCUCGUCGGGCUCGUUGCAGUCGCCAAACGCAUCGUUCACAGCCAGCGGCUCUGAAAGGACAAAUCGAUCGACUUUGGCUCGGGAAAGUGCACUGUCGCUCCAGGAUUUCAUCAAUAACGAACGCAGGUGCCGCUUGCGGGCGAGCUCGUUCACUGAUCACAAACGGUAUCGUCAAGACGCUGGCUCAGCGUCACUCGGCGGCACAGUCCGGCGUCAACAAUCCCCACGAGGUGACCGUUCGUCGCCUUCGACUGGAAUCGAGGCAGGCGAGAGCGCCCGAACGUUAUGCGAUGGCUCCACUGGAGUAGCACCGCUUGCCAGGUAUCCAGAUGAGGGCGAGGACCCGCUUACCACCGACCUCGAUCUCAUGGAACGGUAUGUGGAAGCGCUGGAGGAGGUCCUCGAAUCGCUUGAGGCUAGCGCAAGUAGUGUUUCUGCCACUGGACGUGCAGCCAGCACGAGUGUAUUGCCGUAUAGGCGAUCCGUUCGCUAUCCACGCUGUGCGUCGUACCCGAGCUUUGGCCAAAAUCCACGUGCCCACUAUCAUCAGCACCACGAUCAUCAUCAUCAUCAUCAUCAUGACCGUGGCUAUGAUGAAUACGACGGCAACGAGCAGCUGCAAUGCUGGGCUCUCCAUGCCAUGCAGAUGCCUUCCAAGCCGCAACCUGGGCGACGCUUCACGCUUCUGCACCAACGCCAGCAGGCGCUCAGUCGAGCGGGGGCGCGGCAUCCGUUGUUAAGCGAACUCCUGCAGGUACUCAGUGGCAGUUCCACGGGCAACCAAGGAAUCUGCGCUAGCCCCAAGGACGGGAACUUGCUCCAAAGAGAGGCAUCUGCUGCUGCUGGUGCUGCUGCUACUACUGCGUCACCCACUGGUGCACGCGUUCUUGACGCUGCGUCACCAGAGCGCAGUGUUUCGAGGCCCCAGCGACGUGCAUCGCUUCGAGCGUCGCUGUGGCUGGCGAGUUCCGCUACGACGGCCCUGCACUCAUAUUGGAUGUCGCUAGCGAGCUCAGCUGGAAUGGAUGCCGAACGCUUCCAUCAAAACGACGGGUCGAGGUCGCGUCAUUCACGCCCGGAUGCAGCAACGCAGAGCAGCGUCUCCGAGGGCGGCUUUUGGACUCGGCGCUCGGGUGUCAUCCCCGAGCGUUACCCGAGUCAUCGCAUCCAGUCGGUGUGUGCUGCUGGUUCUCCUGAAAUCGUUCUGGUGAACGCCCAUGCGUAUCGCUGUGUACCUGGGCAAACGACGCGCUCUCCGGUAGCGUGUCGCGGCUAUACCCUGCUGUAUCGCUGGCGCGGAACAGACCCGCUGCCUUGUAUGUUUGCUGCCGACGCGGACCUGCAUCCCAGUGCCUCGCUGAGCAGGGACGGUGAGCGCCCCAUGCCAGCAGCAGCAGUACCGCUGGUGUCGUCCCUGGAGCGCGAGCCCGGAAUGUCGCCGACCUCACUGGGGGAAAGGUUUGCCACAUACAGCCCGUGUACUGCUUCCGAUGAGCGCCAGCUACAGUCUGUACCAGCUGGGAUGCUGGAGGCAUCACCAUUGCUGCAGCGCUAUGGCGACGUCGUUGGUGCCUCAGCGUCAAGUGUCUGCGCGCUUCCCGCUGGUCACGUGCCCGAACGCAGACCAAGCAGCACAGAAGCGACUGAUGAGCGAUUCGAAACACCGCGUCGCACGAGCUCGCCGUCGUCAGCGGGUUUCUCAUCACCAGUGACGCCCGCUGUGGACGUUCACACCUAUCGAGGAAGGAUCGAUCAUGCAGCGUUUAUCGCAGCGGAUUCCGCAUCAGUCCGUCUUUCGGUGGACGCUGCUGCCUCCAUUGAGCGCUGCAGCGAUGCAAACUCACCGCCAGCAGAGCUUGCCUCUGAGGCGUUUCCAAGACGUCAUGCGAUGGACGCGCUGCUGUCCACAGCGACGCACCAGCCGGAUGCACACAACUCUGGUUUCGCCAAACGGACACUCCAUGCAGCGACCUCAGCGCUGCAUCAGCUGCUCGGAGCCGCAAGUCCGCUAUCAGAGCGCGCGAGAAACGACGCAGAGCAGGAUGCGGUUGCUGGAAACAGCUGUCGAGGGCGCCAGUGUAUGAGCGGUCCGCGUUCCAUGCGUACUGGGUCUGGUGAGGACGCCGGCGUUGCCCGUGCGGGACAACAGCAGGCGCAGUGCGCUCUGCUGCGUCUCGACAACAGCGCGUCUCCGAACGACGGCCCCAAGGCAGGUAUCUGGCAGGAUCCGCUGCCUCGCAACAGCACCUGGGUGCGCGUCCAGCGGCUCGUAUCGAGUCCAGCGUCUGGUGCUGCUGACAGCGGGAGCGAGGCAUUUUGUGAAGCGCUGCUCGCUGUGAACGCAUCGAGUCAUCCACGAGUCCGUGAACUCGUUCGACGGACGUUGCCACCGGACAUUGGUGAUAGCGUCACGAUCCUCGGUUUCGGUGCAGUGCCUGCGUCGUUGCAGACGCUCUGCGCCCAGUGCUUCGUCCAGUACACCGUUGAUGGCCAGCAUGCGGAUUCGCACCUGGACAGGUAUCCACAAUGCCAGUCGAUGGAUGCCGCCGACGCAGUGAACACGUUCAUGGCAUCGUCGUGGACAGCGGAAGCACACCUGCGGCAACAGGCUCGGGCUCUUGUGCGGCUCGGCGUCGACGCCUCUGGUAUGUCUGCUUCGCUGCUGGACGGUGUCCAGCGGGCUGCUGCAGCACCUGCUGCCGCUGCCGCCUGGGAUUCCUUACCUGAACCGCUGCUCGCACUGUGUUGGGAGGCAGCUGUCGCCAGCGGCAUUGCAACACCCGCUCUGCUGCGAUUCUAUGCCCAGCGGGUGGCGCCGCAGGUGACCCUGACAGCAGCGGACUCCGGCCUCUGGCCCAACAUCGGACCGGGACUGCAGAUUCGACCUGCCCCUGUGUCGCUGGGGCAUCGCUUUCGAGUAGCGGCACCGUACCGGACUCGCAUACGGGAUACGUGGUUGUUGGCACUCGCCCCAGCAGCAGCAGGAGCCGCAACGUUGGAAACGCUCGACCUCAGUGGCUGCAGUCAUAUCACGGAUCGCGGUCUGAUAGGCCUGGCACCCCAUCUGAGGCAACUCAAGGAGUGCAUUCUGGAUGGCUGUCUUGGCAUCUGGGGUCCGGGAGUGCGCGCUCUGCUUCGAUUGUGCUCGAAACUGGAGCGCUUGAGUCUAGCGGGAUGCCGCUCGCUCACCGACGAGGCAUUUCAGGGGCUGGCGUCGGGAGUCGCUCGUGGACCGUGCCAGAGAACGUCUGCUGGACGCUUCGCGCUGAAACACUUGGAUCUGAGCUCGUGCAUCCAUCUGACGGAUGAAGGCCUGGGUGCGCUGGUCGCUGCACUGUCGACACCAGAGGCAAAGGCUGGCGACUCGGAAGACACCGCAAUUGAAUCCGUUGCCACCACCGAAGCAUCUGCGGGCCUCGUUGCACCGCUGACGACUGAAGCGCUACUGUACAGCAGCAGCAGCAACAGCAGCAGCAGCGGUACCCUGGAGACACUCUCGGUGGCGCAUUGUUUCCGUCUCGGUGAUCGUUCGUUGAGGCCGCUGCUUCGUCAGCAUCGACAGAGCCUGCGCGUUGUCGACCUCUCGUAUACGCGGAUCACCGGGGCAGUGCUGCAGGAACUGGGCGCUCUGCCACAGUUGCAGUCACUGUCGUUGUGCGGAUGCGGAGAAACGCUGUCCGUUGAGUCCGAUGCAGCGACGCGAUUCGGAGAAGAGCUCGCGCUCCCUGGUAAGCAACUCGUGCACCUGGACCUGGGCAAGUGUGCUCAACUGGUAACGGACGGCUUUCUGGCAGCUCUGGCAGGGCUAGCGAGCGGACGCCGCACGCACCACCAAUACAACCGCCAGCAGUACCAGCAGAACCCUGCUGCCGUCGAGCGCCUCGUGCACGCGACACACGGCGUCUAUUCGAGCCGCGACACGCUGCGCUCACUGAGUGUGCAUGGCUGCCGUCUCACGGAUCGCUCGCUCAGUCAUUACGUACGCUUGUUUCAGGGCCUGGAGCGACUCGAUCUAUCGCAGUGCCGGUUGAUCACGGAUGCUGGUCUGGAGCAUCUGCAGUCGCUCAAGUCAUUACGUGAACUAGACCUGGCGGAUACCAACGUCACGAGUGCCGUCGGAGCCAGUCUGCUCGCGCGUUUACGUCAGUUACGGCGGCUUGAUCUCUCAUACACAGCCGUUCAGAGCAACAUCACAAAGAGUUUAUCCACGCUGGAGCAGUUAGAAUGGCUGGGACUGGACGCUCGACUCAUCAGCGAUGAUGCGCUCCAGGUAGAAGAGAACGAAGCCAGUCCAGAGCCUGUCAGCAGUAGGGAUGUGGCGGCUCCAGCGCUGUCCUCAGCGACGGUAGCAGUGCACCUGCAUCGACGCAUCGGGUUACCGCGGCACCUGCGGCACCUGGACCUGUUCGGUGCGCACAUUACGGAUCGCGGAAUGUCCUAUCUUGUACAAGCGUGUCCAUAUGUGGAAAGCUUGGAAGUUUGCAGCGGUGCGCUCACCGAUGCCGCGCUGCGCCUGAUCGCGCAACACUUGCCGUAUCUGCGAGCGCUGAAUAUCAGCCAGAAUAUGCGUAUUUCUGAUGCUGGUCUACGGGAAUAUGCACGGCUUGCGCAGGUACAACAGGAUCUCGGGCAGCCGCAUUUGUUGGAAACGUUGAACUUGGCGUUCACAGCGGUGACGUGGCGCGGGCUCGCGGUAUUGUUGCCGACGUUGCCGUAUUUACGGUUGCUGUGUGUGCGCGGCUGCAAUAAGGACUCGUUUUCGGCGGUAUCGGUACAAUCGUUGGAACGGAUGCGGCCGGGUCUGGUGAUUCUCGGAGCGGAAACGGACCAACCGGGAAGCUAG